UCUGAACGCUCCUCGAGGUUGCGCUUGGAUUUUGCGCGCACGUAACCGGACAUCUUUGGCACUCGUCGCGUAUUGAUACCGAAGGCGGACUGGAAUUUACGCGCAUGAGAUAUUAUUUAUGACUUGGAUGAGUUCAGCUGGAGUGUUUAAUAUUUGCACUGAAGAAAUCUGAGGAAAUGAACAUGAACCUCGCGAGUUGUCUAGUUCUACUUUUAGUUUGGAGCGCGCGCACGGUCAACGGAAGACAUGCAAACUGUCAAUUUCUGUAUGAGAUGCAGAUGGCCAAAAUGGAAUGUUUGGGCAUGCUGGCAGACGAGCAGCCGCUGAAUACAGAAGGAUGCAGGGGAAUUUGGGAUAAUAUUUCAUGCUGGCACAGUGCAGACAUUGGAGAGGUGGUGGUCAAUACCUGUCCCAUCGCCCUCAAGAAUCUGUUUACUAGAGAUGGCAUCAUUAGCAGAAACUGCACUACCAAUGGCUGGUCAGAUGUGCAUCCUAGCAUCCACGCCGUUUGCUUUGAGUCCCAACCAAACUCAUCCAAGCUUGUUUUCUACACGGUGGUGAAGACUCUGUACACGCUGGGACACAGUCUCUCUCUCAUCGCGCUCAUCACAGGCAGCGCAAUCCUCUGUCUUUUCAGAAAGCUUCAUUGCACGCGGAACUACAUCCAUCUGAACUUGUUCUUCUCAUUUAUUCUGAAGGCUGUCGCUGUGCUGGUCAAGGAUGCCAUUUUGUUUUCCCAUGAGAGCGUAGAGUGUACGAAACAGCCAUCACUGCUUGGUUGCAAGGUCAGUCUGAUCCUCUUCAACUACUUCAUCAUGGCAAACUUCUACUGGCUGCUGAUGGAAGGGCUAUACCUGCACACCUUGCUGAUGGUCAUCUUCUCUGAGAACAGACAUUUUAUCAUCUAUCUACUCAUUGGAUGGGGAUUCCCUACUGUGUUUGUGAUUUCAUGGAUCAUUUGUAGGAUUUACUUAGAAGACACAGGAUGCUGGGAGAGAAACUACGCGCCGAUCCCCUGGCGGUUGAUCAAGUGGCCCAUCUUGGCGUCUGUCAUUUUGAACUUCAUUUUGUUCAUCAGUAUCAUUCGAAUCCUGGUCCAAAAAUUGAGAUCCCCAGAUGUUGGUGGAAAUGACCAGUCUCAGUACAGGAGGUUGGCCAAGUCGACACUGUUGUUGAUUCCUCUGUUUGGAGUCAACUAUGUUGUUUUCGUUUAUAUCAUCGAUGAAAAUGAAGGAAUGGAGUAUUAUAAAAUAUUCUUUGACCUUGGCCUGGGAUCCUUUCAGGGCUUGGCGGUUGCGAUUUUGUAUUGUUUUUUGAAUUCUGAGGUCCAAAGUGAACUCAAGAGGAAAUGGCGGAGUUUGCACUUGAAGCGCUACAUCGGUCGGGACUAUCGUCUGCACAGCUCGUCCAUAUCCAGGAACGGGACCGACAACAUGGCCCAGUUCCACCGUAACUCCAGAGCGCAGUCCUUCCUGCAGACUGAGACCACCGUGGUGUGAGACAUUCCAAGAGCUCCGAACAGAUGCAUUCAUGAAUCAUGCUCUUACUUCACUCCCCCUCGGCUAACAGUAUAUUUUUGAGAGCUUUAUGCUGAAGAGAAUAAGGCUUUCUGCCACUGAACCGUGAGAUUGACACAUGCAGUACACAUAAUAAAGGCUUCAUCCGUCUCUGUGAAGGGGGUCUUUGAUACCAAAUUAGGCCAUAGACAACCAAAAUACAUAGGGGCUACACACUCACAGUUAUAUUUUAAACCAAACCUUUGCGAGUGAGAUAUCAGUGUUGCAGCGUUAAAAAGUCUUUUUUUUAAGCAGAACCCAAUUACAUGACACUUAAAUACCGUUAGGCUCUGAUUAUGUAAUGGUGUUAUGUAAAUACUUCUUAAGGCCUACGGCUAUUUUCUAAGAUGGUUAGGGAGAUGUGCUGUACUGUACAAUUGCUGUACCAUACCAACACCGCCAGUAUGAACUGUAAACCCUACAAACACAAACGUAGAUAAAUGAAAAAUGUGGGUCACUGA